AUGGGUUCUCUUCCAAAACUGGCACUCGUGAUUGUUGGAUUCUUUGGAUGGUGCAUCGUUACUAGAAGUGUUCCUGAUACAAACGUGACAACUGUUCUCUGCAACUCCGGGACGUACUCGAAGGGUGACCCUUUUGGUAUUAGUCUAGAUUAUGUUCUUGCAGAGAUUGAGUCUGUCACCCCAACAAACAAGAACUAUGACUACUACAACAUCUCUCCUUAUCCUAAUGCUUUUGCCUAUGGCCAUGCUGCUUGUAAUCAGAACCUCACAAGCUCGGACUGCACAACAUGUCUUGGUGCUGCUAAAACAGCCAUGUUUGCAACUUGUCAAAGCCGAAUAGGGGCUCGUUCGGUGCUCCAUGAUUUGGCACCCACUGCUGUUCAAUCAGAGGAGCUCGAGAUUAAAGGGGAGCAAGCGAAUGGAUAG